GCUACGUAGUGUUUACGCAUUGCACUCACCCUUGCGCUGCGAAACCCUGGCUCGCCACGGAAUGCGCAACUUGACGACAGGGCGCGCGCUGCUCCUGCUGCUGCUGUGCGCAAGCUGGAGGCUCGUGGCGGCAAACUGGGAGCUCACACUUCUGCACACGAACGACGUGCACGCGCGCGUCGAAGAGACCAGCAAGGACUCGGGCAAGUGCACGAAGGGCAGCUGCUUCGCCGGUGUGGCUCGGCGUUUCACCAAGAUCAAAGAGAUCCGACAGAGCGAAAAGAACGUGCUUCUGUUAGACGCCGGGGAUCAGUUCCAGGGCACCGUGUGGUUCAACUACUAUAAAGGCAAAGAGGCGGCGCACUUCAUGAACAAGCUCGGCUACGAUGCCAUGGCUCUAGGAAACCACGAGUUUGACAAUGGGGUGGAUGGACUGAAGCCCUUCCUCCAGAGUGUGAACUGCACCGUGCUCAGUGCUAACAUCAAAGCUACUGAACCUGUUGCAUCACAAAUUAGUGGAUAUUAUUUACCUUCGAAAAUUUUCACUGUUGGCUCUGAGAAAAUCGGUAUAGUGGGAUACACAUCCAGGGAGACACCAGCUCUGUCAUUGCCAGGGCCGUACCUGCGUUUUGAGGAGGAGGUCGCUGUCUUGGAGCAUGAGGUGAACAAACUCACCACUCUGGGCAUUAACAAGAUCAUUGCUCUCGGCCAUUCUGGAUUUGAAAUGGACAUAGAGAUCGCCAGAAAGGUCCGUGAUGUGGAUGUGGUGAUUGGAGGACACACCAACACUUUUUUAUUCACAGGGACUCCUCCAUCCUCUGAGGUUCCGGCAGGACCCUACCCAUUCAUGGUACGGUCUGACGAUGGUCACCAGGUGCCAGUGGUCCAGGCGUACGCUUUUGGGAAAUACCUCGGCAAUCUUAAAGUGACUUUUGAUGCUGCUGGAAACGUGUUAAAAGCCGUAGGAAAUCCAAUCCUCCUGGAUAGCAAAAUAGCUGAAGAUCUCGGCAUUAAAGCAGAUGUGGAGUCCUGGAAGGUAAACUUGUCCAAUUAUUCCUCUCAGUUUGUGGGGAAGACUCUGGUCUAUCUUAAUGGAACAUUUGCAGAGUGUCGAUUUCGUGAAUGCAACAUGGGAAACUUGAUCUGCGAUGCCAUGGUCCAUCACUACAUCAAAUAUGCAGAUGAACUCCAGUGGAACCAUGUUAGUGCCUGUAUUUUAAAUGGAGGAGGAAUACGAAGCCCUAUUGAUGAGCGAAGCAGAAAUGGUAGCAUCACUAUGGAGGAUGUGAUCUCUGUGUUGCCGUUUGGUGGAACAUUUGAUCUGGUUCAACUCAAAGGCUCUACACUGCUCCAGGCCUUUGAGCACAGUGUACACAGAUAUGGAGGAAGCACUGGGGAGUUUCUACAGGUCUCAGGCUUUCAGAUAGAGUAUGACCUGAGUAAGCCCUCUGGUAAGCGAGUAAAGAAGGUGAAUGUGUUGUGUACUCGCUGUCGAGUGCCAAACUAUGAGCCCCUGGACCCUAAAAAAGUCUACAAAGUCAUCAUGCCAGCCUAUCUCGUGGAUGGAGGAGAUGGUUUCUCAAUGAUCAAGGAACAGAAGCUGAAACAUGACAGUGGUGACCUUGACAUAUCCAUCUUUGCUCGCUACCUCUCAGAAAGGCAGAAGGUCCAUCCAGCCGUGGAGGGACGAAUCCGUCUCUUGAAUUCUGCUGUUAGAAACUCAAGUCAGUUGACUGCUUUACUGCUCUUUGUGGUGCUCUGGGUCUCGCAUUUAAGCCUGUGACCUCAGUACAGUACACCUGCUGUAUCUCAGUUGUAUACAUCAGAGUCUCAGUUAUUUUUACUGUUUAAUGACUUGAGUAGGAUGUGAUAUUUUAAAGAGUUUGCUGUAAAUUUUUUUCUUGUAUGUUAAGAAAACAUUUUAUUUCUAUGCACUUCGUCUCUUAAUGUGUUUGAAUAAUGUUUUAAUGGAUACAGGCAUUGUAUCAGCUUAUUCUGGGUAAUUGUGUAUAAUUAUAAAAGCUUUCUACCAAGAUGUACUUUAAAUUUGUGAUUUUCAUCUCAAUAGUGAAGAAAAUUUAUAUUAAAACUGAAUAUCGCACUGAAAAAUAAAAUCAGGAAAACUUAUAGUAAAUAAGUAAUAUUAACAAGGUCAAAGGUAAAUUAACAAUAAAGUUUGUCUGCUGCAAUGCUAAUCGCAAGUAUUUGAGUCGAUCCAAAUUAGUCUGUGAUCAUGUUUCACCUAAUAAUAAUAAUAAUAAUAAUAAUAAUACCACAUGUUAAAUGAGUUGCUCAGUAUAGUCAUACUUUGCUUUUCUUUUUAAUUAUUAUUUUUGGUCAUGUACAUUUUUUUUCUGUUUUAUUGGAUCUCUGUUAGCCUCACAUUUUUAACUUAGCCAGUCAUUAAAUGAUAACAUUUCGUAACUUAUUACCAAGUACUACGUAUUUAUUUGUUUGUUAAAGUUUUCACAGUACUUGAAGUGAUGUAAAUUGCAAACUGUACUACACAAACAAAUUUUAGCUUCCACAAUGCCAUUCUAAAGAUGUAACAACUAAAAAAUUAUAUAUCAAUGCUCAAAAAUCCUCAUGUCCGCUUGUCUGAGAUGACUAAAGUCUGUGCAAGGACGAGUAAAACUUUAAUGGUAAUCGUCCGAUCAGACGACAAAAGUUAGUGCUGGCAACCUAAGCAACACAGGCACAAAGAGAGCAAGGAACCAGUCUAAAGUACCUCGUCUCGUUUCACAGGAAAUGCAUUAAAAAGUUUUAUUCAUCAACACAAUAUAUAAAAAGUACAAAAAAUAUUUUGAGGAAAUCAUUCAAAUUUCCUUGUUUUUGGUUAUAAUUCGUCAAAGUAUGCGUGUGUACUGGAAAAGCUUGGCUCAGAGGGGUCCACGUAAUGACCUAAUCAUACCAAUUGGCUAAGGGUGACGAGGGUCAAGGACAUCGUAUGCCAGCAGCGCGGUUGAAGCAGUCAGGUGUCAAACUUGGAACUUUUAUAUCACGAUUGGAGUUAAUCCUUAACGCUAACCUGUGUGUGUAUAUAUAUAUGGUUUCAUAUAUUUCUUAAUGAUAUUUUUAUUUUCUAAAUAUUUAUCAACAUGCCGCCAUUGUGGCACAGGAACCUGUGACUGGUGGACAGCCGACAAAGGGCGUCUCCCAUUGGUUGUAAAUCGUGACAUAAAAAUUGUAAACACAUAUGGGACCCGCUGAUUGGCUGUUCACGUACUGAAGCCAAGCGGAGAUGUCCGGCGUCUGUUGCUGUUGUCCAAAGAAAACUACAGGUAAAAAAAAAAAAAAAGCUCUACUACCAGAUUACUUGGACAAUCUUAGUCUACAUGGAAAUCAGAAUUUAUUAGCGGUUAUGAUCCAUACAAAAUUCCUCGAAACGACUGGAGUGACGGUGCAAAUUUCUGGCCUAACAUUAGCUACACAUUGGAAUAUGGUACCUUCAUUUCCCCCCAGAGUCCAGACACGGAAGAACAGUUUUAAAAAAAAAAACUACAAAAACAAGAAAACCUUUGUGUAAAUAAUUUUUGCCGACAUCAGCUUUUGAGUGCUGCAAAAGCCAAAGCAUUUACUCUCAAAGGACUCCGACCUGAACUGUGGGCUAGAUGGUAUUCCCACCCCUCCAUGUCUCAACAACUCCACAGACAUCUAGGUACAGAGCUAUGUGCACUCUAUCAUUUAUACAGUGAUGCUUAUUAUUGUUAAAACAA